AUGUACUUUUCUACCAUUUUUACUGGUGUGAGCGUCUUAGCUACCGCUGUGUCGGCUGUGCCUCACAGACUCCACACUCGAGCCUCCGGUGGCCAGAAUGUUGUGUACUGGGGCCAAGACAAUAACGUCCAACCUUUGUCCAACUACUGCACUUCUUCUUCUGGAAUUGACAUUAUCGUUCUUUCAUUCUUGUAUGAAUACGGAAAUGGCAACACUAUUGCAUCGGGUACCAUCGGAAACCAAUGCUAUAUCUCGCCUGCCGGUGUUCCCCAGAACUGUGACGGCCUGGCAACUGAUAUCGAGACUUGCAAGUCCAACGGAAUCAAAGUUAUACUAUCCCUCGGGGGUGCAGCUGGCGCCUACUCCCUUUCCUCCCAGGCCGAGGCUGAGACUAUUGGUCAAAAUCUAUGGGACGCAUACGGCAACACCGCUGGCAACUCCAACGUUCCUCGGCCAUUUGGCAAAACUUUUGUCAACGGCUGGGACAUGGAUAUCGAAGCAUAUAGUGGAAAUCAAUACUAUCAGUAUCUCUUGUCCACCUUGCGAUCUAACUUUGCAUCUGACUCCUCGAACACCUACUACAUCACGGGAGCACCACAAUGUCCCAUCCCGGAACCCAACAUGCAAGUGAUCGUCACUAACGCCAAAUUUGACUACCUGUGGGUCCAAUUUUACAACAACCCUGGGUGCUCAGUAAACGGGGACAUCAAUUUCAAUGAUUGGGUAUCGAAUGUGGCCAAUACUGCCUCGGCCGGUGCAAAGAUAUUCAUCGGCGUUCCUGCAUCCCCUCUUGCUGCUACGGGCACAUCGAGCGGUUCGCAAUACUACCUCGACCCUAACUCGCUGGCAACACUCGUUAAUCAGUAUAAGAGUAACUCUGCUUUUGGUGGUGUGAUGAUGUGGUCCGCUGGUUAUUCGGACUCGAAUGUUAACAAUGGCUGCACUUAUGCCCAGGAGGCUAAGAGUAUCCUUACCAACGGCUCCGCCUGUUGA